CCGAGGGGAGGGGCAAGCUGUGAACAUGGCGGCUGUGGUGGAGAUGGCGGUUGGAGGAGGUGCUGUUGGGGAACGAGAGCUGGAUGAGGUUGAUAUGUCAGACCUGUCUCCAGAGGAGCAGUGGAGGGUUGAGCACGCACGCAUGCAUGCCAAGCACCGUGGCCACGAAGCCAUGCACGCUGAGAUGGUCCUCAUCCUCAUCGCUACGUUGGUGGUGGCCCAGCUGCUCCUGGUGCAGUGGAAGCAGAGGCACCCUCGCUCCUACAAUAUGGUGACCCUCUUUCAGAUGUGGGUUGUCCCCCUCUAUUUCACAGUAAAGCUGCACUGGUGGAGGUUCCUAGUGAUCUGGAUCGUGUUCUCUGCCAUCACUGCCUUUGUCACCUUCCGAGCCACCCGAAAACCUCUAGUGCAGACAACACCCAGGUUGGUUUAUAAGUGGUUCCUGCUGAUCUACAAAAUCAGUUAUGCCACUGGCAUCGUUGGCUACAUGGCUGUCAUGUUUACUCUCUUUGGUCUUAACUUAUUAUUCAAGAUCAAACCAGAAGAUGCCAUGGACUUUGGCAUUUCCCUCCUCUUUUAUGGCCUCUACUAUGGAGUUCUUGAGCGGGACUUUGCAGAAAUGUGUGCAGACUACAUGGCAUCUACCAUAGGGUUCUACAGUGAGUCGGGCAUGCCUACCAAACACCUUUCGGACAGUGUGUGUGCCGUGUGUGGGCAGCAAAUCUUUGUGGACGUCAGUGAGGAGGGCAUCAUCGAGAACACGUAUAGGCUGUCCUGCAAUCACGUAUUCCAUGAGUUCUGCAUCCGCGGCUGGUGCAUUGUGGGAAAGAAGCAGACGUGUCCCUACUGCAAAGAGAAGGUAGACCUCAAGAGGAUGUUCAGUAACCCCUGGGAGAGGCCUCAUGUCAUGUAUGGGCAACUGCUGGAUUGGCUUCGAUACCUAGUAGCCUGGCAGCCUGUCAUCAUUGGCCUGGUGCAAGGCAUCAACUAUAUCCUGGGCCUGGAAUAGUCAGGAAGAAGAGCAUCAGAGGAGAACCCACAGCACCCACCAUGGACCUCAGGGCACUCUCCUCCCUGCCCACAAAGACCUCCUGGGUGGGAAAGACUCAUAGGGGCCCUUGGGCCAUUCAGGACCCCCUCCGGCUGUGUCCGGGCUGGGUAGGGGUGUGAUGGAAAUCCAGCCAAUGGGGCUGCCAGGAGUGCGGGGCUUUUUAAAAGAAAACUAUUUUGAUGAAUAUAUUUAAGAAACUUUUUAUUGUGGAGCAUAGCAAUUGCCUCCAACUCCUCCUGGCCUCAUCCUCCCUGCUUGAGCAGUGUGGGAACAGAGCCAUAAUGUUUUUGGUUUAAAAGAGCCUUCUCAUCUCUGGCUGAGAGCACAAGGGGGUUCUCAGGUGGCUGAGAGCCUUAGCCCUUCUACUUCUCUUUCCUUCUGUCUAUGGGGCUCAAGCCUGGUACCCUUGGUGUGGUGGAUCUAAAGAGCUCAAACUGGUGCCACAGAUGAGCACUGAGAGAUGAAGUGUUUCUCUCCUCCCCUGUCUUGGACUCGGGAUAGGUGUUGUGCCUGAAUCUGUCCUCCAGUCCAGGAGCUACAGGCUGGUUGAUGCAUGUGGAACCUUGUAAGGGACUUUUCUAACAAGGGAAACCCUGGGACCUCAGAAUUCAUUAAGAAUUUGAUUUGGGAAAACUGGAAGAAGUGCAGCAUGGAUAACCUGCCCUUGAGCAGGGCUGUACUGAGCCAAGAAGAGAGGACAUCUAUAGGUGGGCCAUGAGGGUUACCGCUGACAGCAGUGAUUUAGGGCCCCUUGUGCAAGCUCAUCUUUCAGUCCGGAAGUGGGGACAUGUGCCAAAGGCCACUCCAGUAGACUGCCACAUCACUUCCUUCCCUGAAAGCCUGAGUGACAGUGUGUGUGUAUGUGUGUGCACAGCAGAGGGACUGUGACACAUGUGGGACUUCUCCAUGCCAUCACACAAUGAGCCCUUGAAGUUGGCAGGGGGUUCCCAGACCAGGAACUAUUGCCUUAUCAUUCAUGGAUCCUGUUUGGCCUGAUAACAGGAGUGGUGGAGUGGGUAAGAAGAGCGAUAAAGUCAGGUUCUGAAAAGAGGUUUCCAGGCAGGACCCAGUCCUGGUUGUGGGAGUUUUGAAGAAAGUAGGAGGGCAAACAUGACUCAUCCACACUGGGUUCCAAGGAAAUAUGGCCAUUGGGCCUCCUCCUUCAAGGGCAGCGAAAACCAAGCAGGAUCUUGUCAUUUUUGUCUGAAUAAAGCUCCAUGAGCUGGGCUGGUAA